AUUAUAUUUCGUCCGUGUAAGAUACAUCGAAAUAGGGUAAAGUAAGAGGACUUCCCACACGACUUCAAAAAAAAAGAGAAAAAAAAAAAGAAAAAGAAAAUCCACACAGAAAAAAAAAACGAAAAACAAAGACAUAAUAGGAUAAAAACCAUAAAAACAACCAAACAAGAACCAGACGAAGAGAGGGAAGACCCCCGAACCACCACCGCCAAAACGGCUUGCGAAGACGACACCACGACCUUAACUCCGCCCACCACGACCUUGGCCCCGCCCACCACGACCCGCCCUAGGCCAUGUCCAGCCGGCGAGAGGGCCAGGAGACAACGACUCCCUUUAAGCAGCAGGAGCAGGAGGAGGAGGAGGACGAUGGACGGGGGACGUGGCAUAGCAAGUGGGAUUAUUUCCUGUCCCUGUCGGGUUUAGCCAUAGGCCUAGGCAACGUGUGGCGGUUCCCGUAUCUGUGCUACAAGAACGGCGGAGGAGCCUUUCUCGUGCCGUACCUCAUUAUGCUUGCUCUGGUUGGUCUGCCGCUUUACCUGCUGGAAACAGGAGUGGGACAAUUUAGUUCAGGCAGCCCCAUCACCAUCUACAGAGUUUGUCCCAUAUUUAAAGGCAUUGGCAUCGCAGCUACACUGGCUCGUAUGUACCUAGAGACAUACUACAGCGUGGUGGUUUCUUACCCCCUUGUCUUCCUGUACAACCUGGUGGGCAUAGGCUUGCCCUGGGCGACUUGUGACAACACUUGGAACACCGAUAAUUGUUCCCAAUUAUUAUUGGAGAACAACACAUACCAAGAAAUUUCUACACAUACGCGCUCACCAGCAGACGAAUUCUUUCAUUACCAGAUACUGAACAUUUCCUCGGGCGUCGGAGAGGCUGGAGGUUUCGUGUUGCCUAUCGUGUUGGGAACAGUGUUUGUUUGGAUCCUCGUGUUCCUCAGUAUCUUCAAGGGGAUAAGAGUGACCGGGAAGGUGUGGGGCGACGCCGCCUCCCAGAUAUUCUUCAGCCUGGGUGCGGGCGGCGGUGCUCUCGUAUCACUCGGAUCCUACAACAAAUUUCGUUACAACUGCCUCCGCAACGCCUACAUCGUCCCCGUGUUGAAUUCGGCCACUUCGAUCUUCGCUGGCUUCGUCGUCUUCUCCGUCCUGGGUUUCAUGGCUCACCAAACGGGGAUUCCGGUCGAGAAAGUGACCACUGGAGGUCCAGCCUUGGCUUUCAUAACAUACCCUGAGGCCGUGUCGAUGAUGCCCAUGGCGCAGUUAUGGGCAGUCCUGUUCUUCACAAUGCUGUUCUUCUUGGGCAUCGAUUCUAUUUUCGCCGAAAUGGAAUCUAUGGUUCUCACGGUCACCGACGCUUUCCCACGCCUACGUCACGCCAGGACCUGGGUCACCCUGGCGUUCUGCGUAGGCCUAUGUCUCGUGGCACUCAGUUGCUGCACUAAGGUCAGUGCCAAGUUUGAGGGUGGGAUGUACGUUAUUCAACUCUUGGACAGUUACUGCGCACCUUACACGUUCAUCUUCGUCGGUUUGUGUGAAAUGCUGGUUUUCGGUUAUUCCUAUGGCGUUGGUCGUCUGAUAAGAGAUAUACAAAUGAUGACAGGAAAAGUUGUACCUUACUUCUGGUAUAUAACUUGGUUGGCAAUUACACCAUCUGUGUUGGCAUUCAUCUUCGUCAACAUCUUCGCCCGGAGUUCUCCCGUGAGCUACAGAGGGGUCGAAUUCCCUGCUUGGGCUCAGGCACUUGGUUGGGUCAUCGCCGCGACGUCCAUGUUAACAGCCCCCUUAUAUGCUCUGUCCUUCCUCGUCUGUGGAAGUUCGGGGUCAUUUCAUAAGCGCCUCUCCACCGGCCUCAGACCCUCCGACGACUGGGGGCCUGGCCAGGAAAGGUUCAAAUCCCUGUGGUCGGAAUACUGCUCACGGAAUGCGCUCCGUCAUCGCCUCCUCCACCCAGGACCGCCGGCAGAUCAGGAUUACCAACCGAAGCACGUGGAGGAGCUUCAGACUUGCGAGCGUCUUAUAGGCGGAGGGAUGGAGCCGUUGCCGCUCGCGUCGGAGGAGCCCAAGAUCUGUCAAGUGUAG